AUGAAUAUGUCCACCACCUUCACGCCCAACUCCUUCGAGUCGCUGUCCUUGACUCACCCAGUCCAACUCCUUCGAGUCGCUGUUCUUUCCUCUCUCAAAAAUUCCCAAAAUCAAUCGACUUUCCCAAGAAACAAACAAACCCUCCGUUUCCAAACCCCUCUCUCUGUACACUCUCUUCUCUCCCCUGCAUCUGACCCACCACCACUGGCCAUCCAAACCUUCUGGCAGUGGCUCUCCAGCGAAGGAAUCAUCUCUUCCAAGUCUCCGGUGAAGCCCGGAAUUGUACCUGAAGGUCUGGGACUGGUUGCUCAAAGAAACAUAGCUCGAAAUGAGGUCGUUUUGGAAGUACCCAAGAAGUUCUGGAUCAACCCAGAUACAGUCUCGGGUUCGGUGAUUGGGAAUGUUUGCGGUGGUUUGAAGCCUUGGGUCUCUGUUGCUCUGUUUUUGAUCAGAGAGAAGAAGUUAGGAGAUGACUCCCAGUGGCGAUAUUACAUUGAUAUUCUUCCAGAGUACACUGAUUCUACUAUAUAUUGGUCCGAAGAGGAGCUCUCUGAGAUUCAAGGGACCCAACUUUUGAGCACGACAAUGGGGGUGAAAGAAUAUGUGCAGAGUGAAUUUGAAAACAAGAGGAAGUUUACUUUUUGUCUGUGGGUGUUUGGGAUACUCAAAUCAAGAGCAUUUUCUCUCUCACUUUACUUUUUCCACCACCCACAAAACAUUAUCAUCACCAACACCAACCCCACUCAACUUUCUUUUCUUUUAAUAUAUAUAUAUAUGUUUAUUAUAAUAUAUUACCUCAAGCUCCCACCAUGUCCACUUUUACACACUCAAUCUUCACCUUUUGCACCUCACCCACGUUGCUCCACUUUCUUUCUUUUAUUUUAUUUUAUUUAUUUAUUUAUUUAGUAUU